AUGCCUCCUCCGCCCGGCUGCGUGUCCUGGGAUCGUCUCCUCUCCGCGCCUGCUGCGUCCUCUCUGAGCCCACUGCCCGAGACGAGCCAUGUCGAGCUGCGCGGCCUGGCAUUCUACCGGCAAGUAGUCGCGCCCGCCAUGUGCGGCCCGCUUGACAGCUCCUUCUGGACCAAGCUGGUUGCGCAAAUGGUGCACUCGGAACCCGCGACGAGACACGCCGUCCUGGCCAUAAGUUGGCUGUACGAGAACUUUGGACACGCCACCUGCGGCACGUCUGUCCACGGCGAGGGCGAGAGCGAGGCGACGGUGACGACGACGACGACGAAGAAGAAGACGACGACGACGACGAGGGCCGUUGUCCAUGUCGCUCGAGAUGACUUUGCCAUCCGCCACUACAACGCGGCAAUAUCCCACCUCAUCGGCCUGCAGACGUCGUGUCCUGCCGACCUUAACACCGUGCUCCUGGUCUGCAUACUAUUCACCUGUAUCGAGUUCCUUCGCGGCGAUGCCGAAAGCGCAAUCAGCCAUUCGCAGCACGGCAUCUCGCUUCUCAACUCGGGAGCCGACAUCAAGCCCGAGCUGCUCCGCGUCUUUCGCCACCUCGGCAUCUUUCCCUACUUUUUCGGCGGCGAAAUCUCAGCCUCUUCCGCUCUGCACCUGCGCGCCGCGCACGCCGACGCAGUCGCCUUUGACUCUCUGGACGACGCCGUCGAGUCGCUCGACUGCCUGCUCGCCCGCGCCGUCCGCCUCGUCCGGGCGAGCGACCACCACCGUCUGGGGCCUGGCGUGCCAGAGCAGUCUUUGCAAACCGUCAUCCACGAAAAGGACGCACUCGAGGCCCAUCUAGACGCGUGGCGGUCCGCCUUGGACAAGCUCAGACGAGGGGUCCGCGGGCCGGGCCGCCAGGUCAGGACGAUGACGCUUCUCGUCCUGCAGAUGAGGUGGCUCGUGUGCAAAAUCUGGGCAAACACGUGCCUUGCCCACUCCGAGACCAUGUACGACGACCACUUGGACCGGUUCACGCGCAUCGCGGACGUGGCUUCCCGGGCCGCCCAAUCACUGCCGGGACAGCGUGCGGCCCCGACAUGCCGCAACAAGUUCAUGUUCGUCAUGGGCUUCUGUCCCCUGCUGUAUUUUGUCGCGACCAAGUGUCGGUUCCUGAGGCUGCGGCUGAGGGCCCUGUCGCUGCUCCAGAGAUUGUCCUGCAUGCGGGAGACGCUGUGGGACGCGUCGACCCUGUACGCCAUUGGCAAGAGAAUCGUCGAGAUUGAGCACGGGCUCGGGGGGUUGACGGCAGAGGAUGUCGAUGCUCCCAUGGCCCUGCCGCACGCCGACCUGCCCGCGGAUGAGGCGCGGGUGAGGGACUGCGCCGUGGAGGACGUGGAUCGUGACGGGGGCGUUACGGAGCGGAGGGUUUGCUUCUUGAUGCUUGGGAGUGAGGGCAUUGAGAGGGUGUACGAGUGGGUUCGAUGCUGA